AGUCAGUCACGUGGGAUCCACCUGCUUUAACCACUAAGCAAUGGGGCCAGUCCCACAGGAAGCUUAUUACUGAACUUCAUCCUGAAAGUGUGUAAGUGAGAGCUGGGAAACUUUCCCUUUCAGGAAGAACAGCAUGUGCAGAAGACUGGGGACAAGAAUGAGAGCACCAAAAAGGAGCUCAGCCACUCUGAAACACAAAAGGCAGAGACUCGAGCUGUGUGUUUGACUCUGGAGGGCAUGACCUGAAAGGGACACUUGGAUUCCCUCCUGUGGGUCUCUUUCUCAGUCAUCCUGAGUUUGGCCUAAUCAGAGUCUGAGGUUAUGAAGUCGAUCCUAGAUGGCCUUGCAGAUACCACCUUCCGCACCAUCACCACAGACCUCCUCUAUGUGGGCUCCAACGACAUUCAGUACGAAGACAUCAAAGGCGACAUGGCAUCCAAAUUAGGGUACUUCCCACAGAAAUUUCCUCUAACUUCCUUUAGGGGAAGCCCCUUCCAAGAAAAGAUGACUGCUGGAGACAGCCCCCAGUUGGUCCCAGCAGACCAGGUGAACAUUACUGAAUUUUACAACAAGUCCCUCUCAUCCUAUAAGGAAAAUGAGGAGAAUAUCCAGUGCGGUGAGAACUUCAUGGACAUGGAGUGCUUCAUGAUCCUGAACCCCAGCCAACAGCUGGCUAUUGCUGUGCUGUCCCUCACGCUGGGCACCUUCACAGUUCUGGAGAACCUGCUGGUUCUGUGCGUCAUCCUGCACUCCCGCAGCCUCCGCUGCAGGCCUUCCUACCACUUCAUCGGCAGCCUGGCGGUGGCCGACCUCCUGGGGAGCGUCAUUUUUGUCUACAGCUUUGUUGACUUCCAUGUGUUCCACCGCAAAGAUAGUCCCAACGUGUUUCUGUUCAAACUGGGCGGGGUCACAGCCUCUUUCACGGCCUCCGUGGGCAGCCUGUUCCUCACGGCCAUUGAUAGGUACAUAUCUAUUCACAGGCCGCUGGCCUACAAGAGGAUUGUUACCAGGCCCAAAGCUGUGGUGGCAUUUUGCCUGAUGUGGACCAUAGCAAUCGUGAUUGCUGUGCUGCCUCUCCUGGGCUGGAACUGCAAGAAGCUGCAAUCUGUGUGCUCAGACAUUUUCCCGCUCAUCGACGAGACCUACCUGAUGUUCUGGAUCGGGGUCACCAGCGUGCUGCUGCUGUUCAUUGUCUACGCAUACAUGUACAUUCUCUGGAAGGCGCAUAGCCAUGCGGUCCGCAUGAUCCAGCGUGGCACCCAGAAGAGCAUCAUCAUCCACACGUCAGAGGAUGGCAAGGUUCAGGUGACCCGGCCGGACCAAGCCCGCAUGGACAUUAGGCUGGCCAAGACCCUGGUACUGAUCCUGGUGGUUUUGAUCAUCUGCUGGGGCCCUCUGCUUGCGAUCAUGGUGUACGAUGUCUUUGGGAAAAUGAACAAGCUCAUUAAGACGGUGUUUGCGUUCUGCAGUAUGCUCUGCCUGCUCAACUCCACCGUGAACCCCAUCAUCUAUGCUCUGAGGAGCAAGGACCUGAGACAUGCUUUCCGGAGCAUGUUCCCCUCGUGUGAAGGCACUGCGCAACCUCUGGAUAACAGCGUGGGAGACUCAGACUGCUUGCAUAAACAUGCGAACAACGCUGCCAGUAUGCACAGGGCUGCAGAAAGCUGCAUCAAGAGCACAGUGAAGAUCGCCAAGGUGACCAUGUCCGUGUCGACAGACACAUCUGCUGAGGCUCUGUGAGCCUGAUGCCUCCUGGCAGCAGAGGAAAAGAAAUUCUUUUUUUUUUCUUUCUUUUUAAGAGCUCAAAAUCUCAGGGUCUGUCAUCUCAUUGAUUAUAUAUAUAUUUUAAGUUUACCAUGCUCCUUUAUCAGUUCGCUGGCAUUUUGGUAGUGUAGGUACUCAAACUCCAUUCUCCAGGGGUUUACAGGGAAGAAAGCCCAUUGCAUAAGUGACUGAAUGGUCCAUCAAAGUCUCAGUGAAAUAGGAGUGAAACCUUUGGCUACACAAUUUGAAGUCUAAGUACCCAUAGAAAAAUGCCAUCAAAUGAAUAAUGCCUUUGUAACCACAACUUUCAUCACAAUGUAAAAUGUAUCUGUCUGCAGUAUCAGAGAUGUCCAUUUUUAUAAGAGCUAUAGUACUAAAGUAGAGAUAUUUUGUAAAAUGUAUUGUGUCCUGUGAGAUGUGUAUCAGUGUUUACUGUGUGUUAUUUAUAUCUGUCUAGUUCAGCAAAAUUGAAAGGUAACUUUUCCUGAGAAUAGUGGACAAGAAGUGGAUAUAUGCCAGUGAGACCACUUUAAAAAAAGAAUCGCCCAUGAUGUAACUUUAGGAAUAUUGACAUUCAUUCAAAGGUCUGUUUAAAUUUGACCCUGAAAUAAUCAUAAAGUUUUAUUUCUUUCUGUUAACACAACAAGAAGAAUGUGAGGACUAUGGAAAAUAUUGAGCAAAUUUCAUUCACACUUAAAAAUUAUUAGCCCUCAAUUUGCAUAUAAAGACAUUUAUUAUCUUCUGGAUGAUAUAGCUAUUUGGUUGGGUAAUGGAUUACAAUCCAAAUGGAAGAGAGAAA